AUGAAUCCUCAGAAGCCAGGCCCUGUGGCUCAGGAUGGUGGCCAGGAACCAGGAGUUGGAGAGGGCGUGAAACCUCAAAAGCCAGGAUUCGGCAAUGGGAAUGGGAUGGGAGUCGGAGCCCAGCCAGGCUUUGGAGGGGGCGGAAAACCAAAGAAGCCAGGAUUCAGGAAUGGGAAUGGGCUGGGAGGCGGCGCCUUCCCGGGAGUAGGAGCCCAACCAGGUCUUGCAACUCAAAAUGGCUACAGACCAGGCUUUGGAGGGGGUAUGAAGCUUCAGAAGCCAGGAUUCAGGAACGGCAACGGGUUGGGAGCCCAGCCAGGCCUAGUGACCCAGAACGGAUAUGGAGCAGGCUUUUGGGGGGGCAUGAAGCGCCAGAAGCCAGGCCCUGCGGUUCCCGUGGGCUACGGACCAGGCAUUGGCCCUGGCACAGAGCCCCUCGAAGCCUUGGAAUUUCCUGAGUGA